GUUUUCUAUGGCAAAAAGGACCUAUAUCAGCUACAGGAGGACCCUUUUCCCCACGCUUUACCAUUCAGAGGAAUCGGUGAGGUAUGCGGAAAAUCAAUUCCAGCUCCUUGAUGAUGAUGUGGUGACUGUCAGCUAUCCCAAGUCAGGUACUCACUGGAUGCUGGAGAUCUUGGGCUUAAUCUCACAUGAUGGAGACCCCUCGUGGGUUCAGAGUGUGCUGACGGGUGAGAGGUCACCAUGGAUUGAGACUGUCGAUGGUCUAAAAGCUGCCUUGAACUAUCCUCCACCCAGGUUCCUGACGACUCACCAGCCAUUCCAGCUUUUUCCUAAGUCCUUUCUGCAUUCCAAAUGCAAGAUUGUCUAUAUCAUGCGAAACCCUAAGGAUGUGCUGGUCUCAUACUACUACUUUGCAAAGAUAUAUGCAGUACUUGAGGAACCUGGGACCAUGGAAGAGUUUGUGGAGAUGUUCUUGAAUGGGAAGGUGGUUUUUGGUUCCUGGUUUGACCAUGUGAAAGGCUGGCUGGAACUGAAGGACAGACCCAAUCUCUUCUUCAUCACUUAUGAAGAGCUGUAUCAGGACCUGCGAGGCAGUGUGGAGAAGAUCUGCCACUUCCUUGGCAAGGAACUGGCCAGUCACCAGCUGGAUGAAGUGGCGAAAUAUGCCUCCUUUGAAAUCAUGAAGGACAACAAGAUGUCCAACUUCUCCCUAUUACCAGAUAUGGAUCACAGUAAAGGAAAAUUCAUGAGGAAAGGGAUCUGUGGAGACUGGAAGAACCACCUCACAGUGGCACAGAGUGAACACUUUGACCACGUUUAUCAGGAGAAAAUGCAGGGUGUGGGUGUGACUUUCCCAUGGGAUUGAAGAAUGACAGAUUAUGCCCUCUGCUGUUACUGAUAUGGAGGAUAUUUUAUGCAUGAAUCUUUUGUGGGACGUAUGUCCAUCUCCAAGGUUACCAAUCAAGAGUAUGUGGAGAAUGGGAUCAUGUAGUCUUCACAUUCUACAUUGCCUACACUUUGGGGUCUUUGUAUUAAAGAUGAGAAGAUGUACCAGGGAAUUCUUUCUUCUUUUGAUGUGCAGAAAUCACAGGGACAAAGUCAUGGUGUAAUUAGCACAAGGCAACAGUCAAUAAAGGAAGCCCGUAUCUGCAUGUGUGCCUUAUACACUAAAUUCUAAAGCCCAUAGAGUUAUGUCACUGUCCUGAGCUAAUGUCGGCUUUUGGCUUCUUUGCAGCGGGAUCUGGAGGCUAUGUUGAUUUGGGGGUGCUUUCCUCUGAAGGACAGGGAUGAAGAGU